UAUCGACGGACAUUUACAUUGAACAUAGGGAACGGUUGUAGCUGAUUCUGAUUAAACUACGUGGAUACAGCAGCUUAUGCUAAGGUAACUAAACAAAUAAAUAUCUUUAUAAAGGACGUAUUAAGAUAAAAUUCUUCGCAGUCAUGGAGUCUAAUGAUAGAAAAAAUGUAUAUCUUUCUAAAAAUCCUGAUAAUUCUUUAAAUUCUGGAAUGAGAGAUACUAUGAUUGUUAAUCCUGGAAAUAUACCCCCCGUCAAUUAUACUUUUGUAGAAUGUGGUGACGGGGUAAUGAAGCCUGUUAGUGUUUCUGGUGUUUCAUCCAAUCAAGCAAAGUGGUCUAAUGCUCAAAAUAAAAAUUUUAUUAUUAAUGCUGUUCCGGUUAAAAAUGAAAUAGUUCACCUUGAAGGUGGGACUCAUUGCAAUAAAAAGAUGUAUUACUACGAUAGACAUUAUGGUCAUGAAGAAAUUGAGAAACCAACACGUAGAGGAACUAAGAGAUAUAGAGACAAGGAUGCUCCAAAGCGUGCACUUUCAGCAUUUUUCUACUUUUGCCAAGAAUUACGUGGUAAGAUGAGAGAAUUGCAUCCGGAAAUGGGUGUUGGUGAUAUUGCUAAAGAAUUGGGUAAACUUUGGAUGACAACCGAUUUACAAACUAAAUCAAAAUAUAUGGCUAUUGCUGAAGAAGAUAGAGUUAGAUAUGAAAGAGAAAUAAUAGCGUACAAUAAGAGGAUGAAAAACUAUGAUCCAGAAGAUGUUGGAACAGUGUAAAAUAGCAACUAUAAGAAAUAAUCUUAUAGACAAUAUAUAUGGUCUUAAAUUCAUGGAUAUAUAAUAAUUUUGAAUACUAAUCUGUUAUAAUUAUUCUUUGUAUAUAAUAUGUACACAGUCUAUAUUAAUAUCCAAAAUGAGUACUGCUCUAGAUUUUAAUCUUUCACUAACAGUAAAAAAAAAUCUAUGACUUAUCGGAAGAGAAAUAAUUUAUAAUUAUACUUUUUAGUGAUAUAAGACAUUUUAUGAAAUAUUUUCAUUCGGCAUAUAUUUUAAGUUUUGAAUUUUAUCAGUAUGUUCUUAAAAUUGGUCUUUAUAUUAUCAUAUAGAGUGAGGAAUAUAAUAAGGAUGUUCUUAAAUUGAACAAUACUGAUAAUGAAUCUUUGCUGAAGUUCUCAUUGAAUUUGAGUUUAAACUAGACCUUAUAUUUUUGAAAUAUCCCA